AUGGCGGCCGCCAAUCAAUGGCAGCUGGGGCCGCAAGACCACCAGCUGCUGACAGAGCUCUUCCCAGUCUAUUUCCCCGCGAGGGAGCUGGAUCAUACCCAGACCCAUCCGAUGAGCAAGCCGGAAGUGCAGGAGGCGCUGCAGUGGUGCAUUGCUUUUGCGAACGCAGUACGGGCGCCACAGAGUGUCGACGUCCUCGCGGCUCUUCAAGCUGCUAGGGCACGAUUCACACUGGAGGAGCUGCGGUCGCUGCGAGGGGAUCGAAGCCGUGAGGACCUGUCCAGACAGCUCCAUGCCCAUCCAGACCAGUUCCUUGCAGAGGUUGGCUUGGGCUUUGACUUGACCAACUCAGCCGUCAGAAGGCAAUGUCCCGAGCACUUUCGGCUUCCUGAUGUCUCUGAGAGAGCUGCUCCUGCCUUAGGCAGGCCCGUGGAUGUGGAGGUCGUUGCCAAAGAUCUGGAGCAACCGAUGCAGUCGGUCAGGUCCGAUUUAAUCGACCGCUAUGUCGGCCUGAGGGGAAGUAUUGUGCGGGCGGCCAACAUUGCACCGCUCAUCACCGAAGUUUGCUUCACCUGCUCCAGGUGUGGCACCGAGGUUCAGACCACUGCUGCCGAGGGUCGCUUUGAGUAUCCACCUGGCUGCCCAAAGAAGUGCCGAUUCGCGCGAUUCACAGCCAACAAGGACAAAUGCCAAGCCAUCGACUGGCAGAGGAUUCGCCUGCAGGAGGACUUCUCCGAGCUGGUUGCCUCUGGCGCACCGCAGCGUCGCAUGCCCCGCACAUUGGACUGCGAUCUCAAGAGGGCCCUUGUGGGCUCUUGCGUGCCCGGCGACGCCGUGACGCUCUAUGGCGUCAUCCGCUGCAUGCCCACUUCCGGGACAAUGUCAGCUGGUGACAGCCGCCAGACACCGUCAAAGUCGCUUUAUGUCCUCUACCUCGAGGUCAAGGCCUUGGUGAACACCCGUCGUGCCGAGGGUCUACAGCAGGUUGGAGGUGCGAUGCAAACUGGGGAGGAAGAAUUUACAGCGCUGCAGCUGUCCUUCAUUCGAGAGAUGUACAAGGAGAAGGAGAAGCUUCCAAUCUUAGCCGCUUCCUUCUGCCAGCACAUCUACGGGCAGCCUCUGGUCAAGGCCGCACUACUUCUCUCUCUCCUCGGCGGCCGCCCUCUUCGGGCCGAAGGCGCCGAACGCCGUCUCAGACGUCGAGGCGACAUCCAUGUGUUGCUGCUGGGAGAUCCGGGUCUCGGGAAAAGCGAGCUGCUGAGGGCCCUGGCCAGGCUAAGCUCUCGUGGCGUCUACGUCUCUGGCAACUCCUCCUCAACGGCGGGGCUCACUGCCUCGGUCGUGCGCGAUCCCAGUGGGGAGUUCGCGCUAGAGGCCGGAGCUCUCAUUCUGGCGGACAACGGCCUCUGCUGUAUCGACGAGUUUGACAAGAUGGGCCAGGACCAGCAUUCGCUAUUGGAGGCGAUGGAGCAGCAGACGGUGUCCAUUGCAAAGGCCGGGAUCGUUUGCACGCUGCCCGCCCGGACCACAGUCGUCACUGCGGCGAAUCCCAGCAAAGGGUCCUGGGACAUGAGUCUGACGCUGGCGCAGAACCUGAAAGGGGUGAUGUCCGAAGCACUUUUGAGCCGUUUUGACGUGAUCUUUCUCAUGCGCACGGCAGAGGAUCCCGGUCAAGACACCGCCAUGUCCCGGCACAUCGUGCAGCAGCGGAUGCACGGAGCGAGGGCCACUUCCUCCCCAGGCCAAGUGGAGGACUGGUCCAACAGCGCGGACGUGGAGGCAAACCGGUGCAGCCUGAAGGCGCGUCUGAGCCGUCCUGGCUUGGAGCCGCUGCCCACCGAACUGCUGCAGACCUAUCUCCGAUAUGCCAAGAAGUAUGCGCAGCCGACCCUGAGCAGAGCAGCGCGUGCUCGCAUCAAGGACUACUACAUGCAGCGCCGGGCGGCCGGUGGCGCUGUGUUGGUGACGCCACGGCUGCUGGAGGCCCUGAUCCGGCUGAGCGAGGCGCGUGCAAAAGCAGAGCUCCGCCGUUCCGUUCUGGAGUCGGAUGUGGAAGAUGUCAUCGAGCUUAUCAGUUCCGGAUCCGACUUCCAAGAGGAGUUCCUCCAGGCACCGGUGCGCAAGGGCAAGUCCAAGCCGAAUGCUAUCGUCGAUCGUGUCUUGCAGAGAGGUCGAGGUCUCGCCGACCUCAAAGGUUGGGAUCCACUGGACCGGCGCAUCGAAGUGGAGAAGAAGGAAAAGUACGGCCAAGCGCUGCGUGACCAAAUGGCCAUGAACAGCGCCCGGGGCACCGGCGAGGUGACGUCGACCUCUCCUUUGCCGCCAAGCCGCGGCAGCUCUUCCACCCGGGCCGCCGGGGAGGUGAUCGCCUCUCCGCACUCCAGUGGGCUGCCACUUGGGGGGGGGCACGGCACCGACGCUGUGGCGGCCGCUAAGGUGGCCCAAGUGCAAGAGAUGAUGCGGCAGCGCUUGCAGGCAGUGCAAGACGAGCAGCAGCGGCAGUGGCAUGAGGUACAGCAUGCUCUGAACAGCCAGCUUCAAGCCGCCCGCGAAGCCGCAGAACAGGCUGUGCAUCGCGAGUUUGCCGAGGCGAUGAGGGGCCAGGCCAUGGAGAUCGACUCCUUGAGACGUGGCCUCGACGAGGUCCUAUCCGCGCAGCGCGCGCGGGAGGAGCUCCAGGGCCACCGGGCCGAAGCCUUGGCCGAGGAGUUGGCCGGGGCGCGGCAGGCGGUGCAUCGACUUGAGGCCGAGUCCGAGGGAUGGCGGAGCCAACUUCAAAACCUAGGGAGCGCGAUGCAGGAGCUCUCAAGAGCAAGGCAAGACCAGGCAACACAGCAGGAGGUGGUUUCGCGGGAGCUUGCAGAUGCCCGAGCCUCCAUGCAGCGGAUGCAGGCCCAGUCGGAGGACUUCCAGUCCCGACUUCAAAGCCAGAUGCAGGAGAUGGAGCGCAUGCGCUCCGACACGCAGGAGUGCCUGCGGGAGAACGAGGCAUGCGCCCGGGAGAGGGCGCUGCUCUCCCAGAGAUUACAGGAGGUGGAGGCCGGACUCGGAGAUGUCCGGAACCAGCUCCGUGAGCACAGCAUCGAGAUCGAGAAACUCAAGGUUGGACACCAGGAGUGUGUUGCGGCACGGGCCGAGUUCGCACGACAGCUGCGCUCCGUUGAGGAUGCAGUGCAGCAUGCCCGAGAGGAGCAGCGACGGCUACUCUCCGAGGUCCAGGAUGCUGUGGCGAGGCUCAGGUCUGAGGUUCCUCGCCUCGCAGAGGCGGCAGCGCAGCGCAUUCUCGACGGCGUGCAGCGCGCGGCGCCUCCCUCUCCUCCACCACCGAGUCCACCUCCUGUCCCAGAACCGAUGCCAGACGUGAGCGAGAACGCCUUCGCCGUUCUCCGAGGGCCCGACGGAGACCUCUAUGAGCUUCCAGGCCUGGACAAUGUCAUCGGUCGCAGUACGGCAUGCGACACCUGCAUUCCAGGGUCGCAGGCCAUUUCAAACAAGCACAUGGGAGUCAGCUUCUCCUCGGAUGGGACGGCGAGCAUCAAAGAUUUGAGCUCCCGCAACGGGACAUUCCUCAACGACCACCGUGUGACAGCGACGGCGCUGGUCAUGAAGAGCGGCGACAAGGUCCAGCUAGGGGUGGAUGGCCCGAGCUUUGUCUUCACCUGGG